AUGUCACCAUUUGAAAACAUGUAUCCAAAACAAGCGCAGAGAUAUAUUUUGUUCUCAAAAUGCUGUUUCUGUGUACCACUGGAGACUGGUUGUUUCAUACUUGGUUAUAUCAGCUUGAUUCUAAACUUUAUAAUAUCAUUAUAUUUCGUCGGGACCCUGUUUUACAUGGCUUUUUAUAACCACGACCUUGAAUACAUCCAUAAUAAGGUGCAUAAUAAGGAUGGAGAGAAGAUUUCAGAUUAUGUGGAAGGGUCCAAGAUAAUGACGACUGUUAUAGUAACUAUUCUUGAUGGAGGCUUGAACGUCAUCUGGUUUGCAAUGAGCAUUGUCCUUCUUAUUGGUCUGCAUAGGAAACGACCUGGCCAUAUUAAGUUCCACGUGUCAGUGGCUACUAUUCGGCUUCUUCUUUCGAUUGCGUGCGUGUUUUUUCAUGGCACUUACAUGGCUCAUUCUACUUUAGUUUGUAGCGUGGAGAUUGUUCUCUCAGCGUACUUCAUCUUACUGUACUACAGUUAUGCCAUCUUGUUAGAGCGGGAACAACAGCCUAAAACUCCCAAACCAGUGAUGGAAAUCAUCGCUAGUGUCCUCUCAAAGCAUCCACAAAAUAUCGACAAAGUUAUUUUGACUGAGAGGGAAGAAAAUUUCUGCACAGUGUAA